AUAAAGAGAGACACGUGAACACAAAUGGUUUUGUGAAAGGUAUAAAAGGAAAAGAGCGUUGGGGGUCCAAACUCAAAACUAGACUUGCAGGUAAGGUAAGUGAUCCAGAUGGGAAAAUCCUCUUCUUCUUCCAAGAAAAAACGCUCCAAGAAUUCCUCUCAGGGUCGAACAAGGAAGGGAAGUAAGAGUAGGAGGGUUAAGAAAUAUAAUAAAUCCAAGAAGCUUCGCCGCCGUGACGAUUCUCUUUCGUCGGAAGAAGAUGAUUCGAAGAUUUCUGUAUCAGUUUCAUGUUCUAGUUCUGAGGAUGAUUAUAAAAGUAGAAGGGCUCGUUCUCGUACUCGGAAAGAUGUGAAAGGUAGCAAGAAGAGGGCUCAAAGGCGCUCUUAUAGCUCUGAAAGUGGUGAGGAGAAUACGAAAAGGACUCGAGGGCAUUCUCGUAGGCGUGAGAGUAGCGAGGAGUCUACUCGUGUGAGGAAGAAAAUUGGGUCAAAGAGAAAGGAGAGCUCUGAGGUUGGGAGGAAGACCCACAAGAAGAAGAAGCCUAGGAGAGAAGCUAGUGUAAGUUCCAUAGGUAGUGGGUCGUGCAGCUGCUCAAUGUGUCAGGUCAGGAGUACUAGCAGUCAUGAGAGAGAGUUUGAGAGACAUAGAGGCCGGUCUGAAAGAAGAGAGAAAGAGAAAAAGAAAGUGGAGAAGGUUAGAAGUGGAACUAAAAGGAUUAGAUAUAGAUCAAGGAGUUGUUCUUCAUGCAGUCAGAGUAUUGAAAGUUACAAAUACCCAAGUGAGGAGAAAAAGACAGGUGAGAACAAUUCGAAGCGUCUGAGAUCAGUUAUUACAGUAAUGGAAGAGGAAAAUGAAGACAGGGUGUCAAAUAAGGAUGAGUAUAAAGAGGAGAUUGUAUAUGACAAUGAUGAUUACCCUUCGUGCAGAAGCAAUGAUAGUAAUGAUGGGGGAUAUAAGAGGGAGCUAGAUCAUCAGUCAAAUGUUGCAGCUGCGAAGAAAAUGAGGGUAGACAAUGAGAAGGGAGAAGAACCUGUAAUUUCUAACAUCAGAAUCUCUGAACUUACAGAAAGUGGCAAGGACAUUGAGAAUCAAUACAAUGGAUGCAAUCCUAGCAGCAGUGGGGUUGGGAGAAAUGAUGGUGUAAAAGGAAAAGUGGCCGAGGUUUCUGGUCAUGCGAAUGGUGACAAUAUGGAAUCAAUUUUAAGACAAAGGGCUUUGGAAAAUUUAAUAAAGUUUCGAGGAGGGCUCCAAACAAAUGCAAAUACUCCUGCCAGUAAGAAAUAUAAAAAUGAUGAUGAUGUGAAGCAACCACCCACUGCAGAAGCUGAAUUGGUUCAAAUUAAUCUCCCUAAGGAGGAUGGUGCUAAAAUUGUCGGUACAAAUCCCCCCCAGGAGGAUGAUGCUAAAUUGAAAGGUACAACCAAAGAAGUAAGAGAGAUCAGAGUGCCUGCACUGAGGAGAGAUGGUGCUAAAAUUGUUGGUACAAAGUCCCCCAAGGAGCAUGAUGCUAAAUUGCAAGAUGCAACUGGAGAAGUAAGAGAGAUCAGAGUGCCUGCACUGAGGAGACUUUCCAACUUUCCUUUACGAAAUGACGAAAAGAUUCCAGAUGGGAAGGAUGUGGGCCACAAAUCUGGGUCUGCUGAGCAGGAAUAUCCUUGUGCACCUGAUCAGGUGGCUAUUGCUGAGAAGCCCCAUGAAAAUGUCAAUUCAGCUGUUGGUUCUGUAAUUGCCAGACCAAAGUUGGUUACACCAUUAGCAAGGCAAAAUUCAUUUAAAACUCACUCCACUCUGAAGCAAACACCCACUUCAGGGGAAUCUCAUCUGGCAAAUGUGUCAGUUGCUGGGAAGACUUUAGGUAAGAGUGCUGCUGAACCUGCUCAAACUGUGAGGCCAAGUAGCAAUAAUAGCGAUGAAGACAUUAAAAAAGCAAGUGGUUCUGCUGCUCCCAAGUCAUCUUCUAGUGGUAAUUCCAUAUUAGCUGAGAAUAGUUCAAAUAAACCACAAGGGGAGGCUACAGAGGGCUCACAGUUUGAGCAGAAGACAAUGACUGUGAUGCGGGGUGGUGAAAUGGUGCAGGUGAGCUACAAGGUUUACAUCCCUAAGAAAGCCUCUGCUUUGGCUAGAAGGCAACUAAAGCGCUGAUGUUAGAAUCUGCAAAUAGGGUGCACUUUUCUGAGAGCUUUAAAGCCCCAGGUGAUGGUCAUCUUGCUUGCUUCAAUGAAGAAGGCAUCUUGCUGAUAAAAAUAUAUAUAUAUAUAUAUAUAUAUAUUGCAGCUUCUGAAGCCUUCAUAAGCGAAGAAAUUUUUGGUGAAAUAUUUAUUUAAUGAUCAUUAAUCAGUUCACUAAUGUGCCUCCUGUGGUCAUCUUAAUGACCCAAUGGUAAAAUCUUGUAUUGCCAAGUGUGUGGGUUUCAAUCUUGAUGAUGUCGAGCUCCGUAAUCAUUUUAUUAAACUAUAUUUGUUGUGAUCUUUAUAUGGUUGGAUGGUUACCUUGGGUAGCAUCACUGCUUUCUCUUAUAUAGAGUUCAUAGAUCUAUGAAAUCUUCAAUUUUAGU